AUGGAUUCAGAUCUCCCUUUGGUGGUGGAUAACGGUACCGGUUUCGUGAAAGUUGGCUACGCUGGAUCCAACUUCCCUGAACAUGUCUUCCCUUCGGUCGUUGGGCGUCCCAUAUUGCGCGCGGAGGAGCGAGUUGGAUCUGCGAUCAUUAAGGACAUCAUGGUUGGAGACGAGGCUGCGGAUAACCGCAACUAUCUGCAAGUGACACAGCCCAUGGAACAUGGAAUUGUCAAGAACUGGGAAGAUAUGAAGCAUCUUUGGGACUAUACUUUCGAUGAAAAGCUCAAGAUUAAUCCAAAUGGCAAGAAGGUUCUGUUGACGGAGCCCCCGAUGAACCCUAAGGUCAACAGGCAGAGGAUGUGCCAGGUCAUGUUCGAAGAGUAUGGGUUCCAAGGGGUAUAUGUUGCUAUUCAGGCCGUGUUGACACUGUAUGCACAAGGUCUCACCACGGGAGUCGUUGUCGAUUCUGGAGACGGUGUAACACAUAUUGUGCCCGUGUAUGAUGGCUUCGCUUUGCCUCAUCUUACUCGUCGACUCGACAUCGCCGGCCGAGAUGUAACGCGAUACCUGAUCAAGUUGCUGUUGAUGAGGGGAUACGCAUUCAACCGUACAGCCGAUUUCGAGACAGUGCGAGAGAUCAAGGAGAAGUUGUGCUACGUUAGUUAUGACCUUGAACUCGACAAAAGACUAGCUGAAGAGACCACAGUCCUUGUUGAGAGUUAUACUCUUCCUGACGGCCGAACAAUCAAAGUCGGCUCGGAGCGUUACGAAGCUCCAGAAUGUAUGUUCCAACCACAUCUCGUUGAUGUCGAACAACCAGGAGUAGCAGAGAUGCUCUUCCAAACUAUUCAAGCAGCGGCUGUUGAUAUCCGUGCCGAUUUGUAUAAACAUAUUGUUCUGUCUGGAGGAUCAAGUAUGUAUCCUGGUUUGCCCAGUAGACUGGAAAAGGAGAUCAAGCAGCUGCACUUGACACGACUUCUGAAUGGCGAUCCAUCUCGUCUAAACAAAUUCAAGAUCAAAAUCGAAGAUCCACCACGCCGAAAGCACAUGGUGUUCCUAGGUGGUGCUGUGCUUGCGGAUAUCAUGAAAAAUCGUGAAGAUUUCUGGAUUUCGAGAGAAGAGUGGUUUGAACAGGGAAUCAGGUCUCUGGACAAGCUUGGACGCGGUGAAAGUUAA